CAAGAUUAAUCGUUCCUGAGGUCUUUUAUCGGUCGGGACCUCGCACCCCUUUUAGACCGAAAGGGGACUUGAUCUACUAUCGGCCGCCUUAUCCGGCAUCCGGCUGCUCCGAGAAGACCCUUCGGCGCGUGAUAGGCGCGUUGGCCUGUGCAUCGACCGGGCGUCUCUCCUGCUCCACCCAAACAUCAACAUGAGUGCGAAUAUCUUUGUUACUGGGGCAUGUGGCUAUAUAGGAGGAUCUAUCGUCGCUGACUUUGCUCGUCAUAAGGGCGGCCUUCUCGAAUCGGCCAGAAUACACGCUGCAGUUCGGUCAGACGAGCAAGCCGAGAGUUUGUCGACGUUAGACGUCAGCGUUGUGAGAAUUGAUCUUAGUAACCCCUAUGCUUUAGCAGGGUAUAUGAUCCGUCAUGACGUUAGCAUCGUCAUUCAUACUGCAACCUCGAUAGAUGCGGAGGUGGUGCAGAACCUAAUAACGGCGCUGAAGAAGCGCCGCGAGGCUAACGGAAAGAAAGCAUUCUUCAUUCAUACUUCGGGGUUAUCGGCAUUCGAUGAUAACACCGGUUGGCCAUUCGGGGAAUUAAGAGAUAUUGACCCGGUUUAUUUCCUUGAGAAACAAUGUACGGACUCGUACAUUGUCAGCCAGGUUGACGUUCUCGUCGCCGAACAAACACAAGCAGCAGGCCUCACAGGGCUCAUAGUUAUGCCCCCAACACUACAUGGACGAGGCAGCGGAACCUGGAAUCGACUAUCCCCACAGAUCCCCGCCCUCGUCAAGGCUGCAAUCAAGAAUAAAAAAGUAUACAAGUUUGCAAAAGAUAGAGAAGUUCUCUUAACCCAUAUCUCCGACCUAACAACCUUCUACGCGCAAAUGGCCGAAGCCAUUCUCCAAAAACGAGCUCUCCCUGCCGGUAUGUCAGGGUACUAUUUCACCGUUUCCCACUCUGUCCGGUGGUGGGAUCUUCUCGACCAUUUAGCAGCAGCAAUGCAUGCACGUGGACUCGUAGACGAACCAACCACGGAAGUAUGGCCGAGCAAUGCCUUCGCAGCGGAGGCACUCGGUGUCUCGGUAGAUUUUGCGCAUAGUAUCUGGAAUUCAAGUCCGAAGGUCAUCUGUGUGAAUAAAGAUCUAAUUGGCUGGAAACCGGUCUGGAAUAGGGAGCUGUUAUUGCAGAACAUUGAUGAGGAGAUCGAUGACUUUAUAGAGUUGGGAAUGCCCAAGAGUAGUCUUCUAGACUCCUUGAGGCCUCAAGCAAGGGAAUGAGGCUGGUAGGCGGGAGAGCCAGCAGUACAAUAGCCCCUUCCUUUGAGUAACG